CCUCAAAAGUCACGCGAUAUUACUGUCCGCGAGAACGAGAUCUUCCUUUUCCAACAAGGCCUUAGAAACAUGGCGGAUGCUGAGCAGAAGAAGAAGCGCACCUUCAGGAAGUUCACCUACAGAGGUGUUGACCUGGACCAGCUGCUGGAUAUGUCCUAUGAGCAGCUGAUGCAGCUCUACUCUGCCCGCCAGCGGCGAAGGUUGAAUCGUGGACUUCGCCGCAAGCAGCAGUCCCUCCUGAAGCGUCUGCGCAAGGCUAAAAAAGAAGCUCCUCCCAUGGAAAAACCUGAAGUGGUAAAGACCCACUUGCGAGACAUGAUUAUCCUCCCUGAGAUGGUGGGAUCCAUGGUUGGAGUGUACAAUGGCAAGACCUUCAACCAGGUGGAAAUUAAGCCUGAGAUGAUUGGCCACUACCUAGGGGAGUUUUCCAUCACAUACAAGCCUGUCAAGCAUGGUCGACCUGGUAUUGGUGCCACCCACUCCUCUCGCUUCAUUCCACUCAAGUAAAAUUACCACAUUUUGUGUGUAAAUAAAAAUGAUUUCCAACAA